GGGCCCCGCGCGGCCAUGUGCAGCUGACCCGCCCGGCCGGCCGAGGAGCGACGAGGAGCGCCAUGGCCAGCCCCGCCGCCCUGCUGUGGCUCUGCGCCUGCGGGGGCCUCCUGGCCGGGCAGGCCGGGGCCCUGAACUACCCUCCCCGGUACAGCCUGUACACGGGCGCCGCCCUGCCGUUCAUGCAGCUCCAGGGCCCCUCGCAGGCCCCUGGCGGCACGCGGGUCGCCAGCCGCCACAGGAACUGGUGCGCCUACGUGGUGACCCGGAGCGUGAGCUGCGUGGUGGAGGACGGCGCCGACACCUACGUGAAGCCGGACUACCAGCCGUGCGCCUGGGGGCAGCUGCAGUGCCCCCGCGUCAUCACGUAUCGGAGCUUUUUGCGCCCGCGCUACAAAGUGGCCUAUAAGACGGUGUCAGACAUGGAAUGGCGCUGCUGCCCCGGAUACUCCGGAGACGACUGUGCCGAAGGAGGGACGCCACUCACGACCGCCCGGCCCCGCCCCCAGCCAGCGCGACCCAACCUGUCCGGCUUCAGCAGCACGCUCAGCGGCCUGGGCGGGGAAGGGCGCAGGGAGGCGGAGAAGGUGCAGCGGCUGGAGGAGGAGGUGCAGGCCCUGAGCAAGCAGCUGCAGGAGCUGCAGGCGUCCGUGGGCGCCAGCAACGCCAGGCUCACCGAGGACGUGCGCCGCGCGGUCGAGACCUCGCUGAACGGCCGGCAGCCCGCGGACGCCGCCGCCGCCCACCCGGAGAUGAAGGAGACGCUCAGCGAGAUCCAGCGCCACCUGCAGCGCCUCGACAACCGCAUCACCAGCCAGGAGAACGGCGGGCCGGGCGCGGGCGCCGACGUGCGCGGCGAGGUGCUGCGCGCGGUGGAGCGCCGCCUGCAGGAGUCGUGCGCCUCCUGCCUGGCCGGCGUGGAGGCGCUGCGGCGGCGGCAGGACGAGGACCGCGACCGGCUGUGGGCCCUCGAGAAGCUGGUGGCCGAGGAGGGCCAGCGCAGCCGCGACGCCGCCGCCGCCCUGCAGCGCCACGCAGCCCGGGACUGCUGCGCGCAGGCGGAGAGCCGCGCGGCCGCGCUGGAGCGCCGCCUGGACGCCGUGGCGGGCGCCCUGGCGCGGCUGCAGGACCAGGUGCUGCCGGGCGGCCGGGGGGCGCCCGCGCCCGCGGACCGGCGCCUGGCCGAGGUGGAGAGCCGCGUCAACGCCACGCAGCGCGGCCUGGAGGAGCGCCUGGCGGACCUGCACGUCUUGCAGGCCGGGGCCGACCAGCGGCUGCGCAGGGCGGAGGAGCGGCUCGACUCCGCCUUCUCCCGCCUCAACGACUUCCAGAGCCAGGUGAACCGGGCGCUCGCCAACCUGUCGCGGGACGUGGGCGCCCUGAAGGACAGCAGCCUGCAGCAGCAGGGCGCCCUGGAGCAGGUGCGCGGCGCCGUCCGCUCGUGCGCCCAGCUCUGCGCGCCGGCGGGCGGCGCCCCGAGCGAGCUGGAGCGGCGGGUGCUGAGCCUCGAGGAGCGCCUGCGCCGGCUGGGCCCCGACCUGCCCGGCACGCUGCGCGGGCUGCACGGGCUGGUGGGCUCGCAGGGCGAGGCCCUGAGCAAGCUGGCCGGCGAGCUGAGCGCGCUGCAGGGCCGGCUGGCGGGCGCCUCGGGGCCCCCGGAGCUGCUGCCCGCGCACUUCAACCACACGCGCCAGCGCCUGGACAGGCUGGAGCAGGCUCUCAGCGACCUGGCGCUCCAGCCGCCCUGCCGCCCCGCCUGCCCCGAGCUGCGCGCAGAGGUGGAGCGGCUGCGCGAGCAAGCGCAGGAGUGCACGGCCAGCUGCCAGCCGGGCGAGCCGCCCGGCGUGGCCCCCCGGCAGCCCCUGGACGGCUUCAGCGUGAUCGGGGGCAGCUCCGGCGUCCACCUGCAGUCGCUGCAGGGCGAGCUCUCGGAGGUCAUCCUGGGCUUCAGCUCCCUCAACGAGACGCUGGCCGGCCUGCAGGCCACCAUGGAGAAGCACGCCACCGACAUCCACGAGCUGGGCGCCACCAAGGACCGCAUCAUCGCCGAGAUCAACCGCGUGCAGCAGGAGGUGACGGAGCACACGGGCGAGAGCGAGGAGCGCUUCCAGGGGCUCGGCCGCGAGAUCCGCCACUUCGGGGGCGCCCUGCGCGGGGAGGCCUCCGACUGCCGGCGUGCCAGUGGGGGCCUGGCCGACCGGCUGGCCAAGCUGGAGAGCACCUGCGACCGGCUGGACCAGGUGUCCGGCAGCCUGCGGAAGAUCAAGGAGGGGCUGGACAAGCACGUGUCGGCCCUCUGGGGCUGCCUGCGCGAGGUGAACGGCACGCUGCGAGAGCACGGGGCGCUGCUGGACAAGAUCCACGGGGGGCAGCUGGCCACGCUGUCCGGCCGCCUCGGGGCCCUCAACGGCUCCCUGCGGGGCGUGCAGGAGCAGCUGCAGCACCUCCUGGGCCAGGACCACACAGGGCCGCCAGGACUUCCGGGACCAGCUGGCCUGCCGGGCAGACCUGGGCUCCCGGGCCCAGUGGGACCACCUGGCAAGGAUGGGCAGUCAGGCCCUGUGGGGCCCCCAGGUCUGCCUGGAGAGCAAGGCUUGCCGGGUCCCGCGGGGACAGUGCCCCAAGUCUCCUUCGCAGCGGCUCUGACCACGUGGCACAUGCAGGCGGGAACCAUCACCUUCGACAGGGUGCUGGUCAAUGACGGAAAUUUCUACGACCCGGACUCAGGGAUCUUCACAGCCCCUGUCCCGGGGCGCUACCUGGUCAGCGCCAUCCUGACGGGGCACCGGGGGGAGAAGAUUGAGGCGGUCCUCUCACGCUCCGGCCAGGCCAUCGCCCGCAGCGACUCGGCCGGGUACCAGCCAGAAGGCCUGGAAAACAAGCCCGUGGCGGAGCGGCAGCCGAGCGCAGGGGCCUUGGCCGUCUUCACCCUCGUCGUGCCCAUGGAAGCGGGGGAGACCCUGUGCGUGGACCUGGUCUCCGGCCAGCUCGCCCUCUCUCCGGACGAGCCGCUGACGGUCUUCAGUGCAGCCUUGCUCUAUGAGACGGAGCUGGGUCUCUAGGGAGGCUGAAGCGGGCCCUCGGCCCAGCCUGCGGAGAGGGGCCAGCGAGCCCCAGCUGCAACCGCAGCCCGGUCCCUGCCUCCCCCUCCGAGCUGCCGCUGCAACGACCCGGCCCGUCUGCUGCCCAGAGCUUCGGCUGACGGCCAGCCGGGGGGCAGGAGGAGGGGUCCCCUGCAGCACCGAGUCCUCCUGCCCUGCUCGGCCCCCCGGACGCCCCCGUCCCCCGCCAGCCCGGAGGCACAACGCGAGCAGAGGCACCGCCUCCCCAGAGGCAUGCGGGGGGAGCUUGGGGGCACCAGCGCCUGCCCCUCGGCCUUCUGGGCGGCGGUGCUGCCUGCAGAAGACAUGGCUGGAGCCACCCCAAGCCUGGAGCAAAGGGAGGGGGGGGCCUGCUGUUGCUGUUAUUUAUCUGCGUCUGUCGUCCGCGCGCGCGU